AUGCAAAUAGCAGACGAUAAUUGUUCCAAUAAUGAACGAUGUCGUAUGACGUUACUUCCGAGCUCGUCCUCUUCAAUUUCUGCUAAUUUCUACGUACCAAUUUCAACCGUAAACAUGCAACCGAAUCGUAUGAUUCGUAAGCCAAAUAUUCAGUAUCACGAUAAUGGAAAUAAUAAUGAUAAUGAUGAUAAUAAUGAUGAUGACAACGAUAAUGAUAAUAGUGAUGAUAAUAUCGAACAGGAAAAAGUGAAACAAAAUGCUAAUGGUCCCUUUUUUGCGUCAAACUAUCAUUAUUUACAAAUUGAUCGAAAUUCGAUUAAUAUUUUAUUGAAAGUUGCUGCUGCCUUUGUACUAUUAUGUAUUGCGGGUUGUUUGAUGCUUCAACAUCUAAGGAUCAAUCAAUUAGAUUAUCGAAUUCGAAGGAUUGAACUCAAUUCUGCUCAUUCCAUGCAGUAUGAAUAUAAUUUUUUCGAACAGUUUACGAAUGCUUAG